UUUGUAUCGAAGCAAAGGCCAAAACGGUUGUCUAUACUUUGCAUAUCUUCUGUUGUGAGAGGCGAAUUUGGUUUCUGAUCAUCCAAGCAAGAAAUAUGAAUCAGGAGGAAGGAGAAGUAGGACUAGUUGAUGAAAGCUUUCCCCUUUUCUCCAAAACCACCAAGCCCCCUAAACCCUCGAAACCUAAAAGCCCCGAAAACCUUGAGAAAGCCUUGGACUCUCAAAUACCUUGCUUUGAGAAAGUCACAGAGUCUGAUGUAAACCCUAAUUCUACUUCCACCACCACUUUUGCUGAGCUGGGUAUCGCAGAAUGGGCGGUGCAGACGUGCAAGGAGCUCGGGAUGCGGAAGCCCACUCGAGUACAGACCCACUGCAUACCCAAAAUUCUGGCAGGCCGCGACGUUCUUGGAAUAGCACAGACUGGCAGUGGGAAGACAGCAGCUUUCGCAUUGCCCAUCCUGCACCGCCUUGCAGAGGACCCCUACGGGGUUUUUGCAUUGGUCGUGACGCCGACGAGGGAGCUAGCUUACCAGCUAGCCGAGCAGUUCAAGGCGCUCGGUUCGUGCCUGCACCUGCGGUGCAGCGUGGUGGUUGGUGGCAUGGAUGUGUUGACGCAGACCCGGAGCUUGAUGUCGAGGCCCCAUGUUGUGAUUGCUACUCCUGGCAGGCUUAAGGUCUUGCUGGCGGAGAAUCCUGAUAUCCCUCCUGUAUUCUCCAGGACAAAGUUUUUAGUUUUAGAUGAAGCUGAUAGAGUCUUGGAUGUUGGCUUUGAGGAGGAACUCAGGGCUGUCUUUCAGUGUUUGCCGAAAAAUCGGCAAACUCUACUGUUUUCAGCAACAAUGACGAGUGACCUACAAACACUGCUUGAGCUUUCUGCAAAUAAGGCAUACUUUUAUGAGGCAUAUGAAGGAUUCAAGACAGUUGACACUCUUAAGCAGCAAUACAUAUUUAUCCCAAAGAAUGUGAAAGAUGUUUAUCUUGUACAUGUUUUGUCAAAAAUGGAAAAAAUGGGUAUUCGCUCAGCCAUGAUUUUUGUCUCCACCUGCAGAAGUUGUCACCUUUUAAGCUUGGUACUGGAAGAACUUCAUCAAGAAGUUGCAGCAUUACAUUCGUUUAAAUCCCAGUCUCUUAGGCUGUCUGCCUUACAUCGAUUCAAAUCUGGUCAAGUUUCUAUACUGCUUGCAACUGAUGUUGCCAGUCGUGGGUUGGACAUUCCUACAGUUGAUCUUGUUAUCAACUAUGAUAUCCCAAGAUAUCCGAGAGAUUAUAUUCAUCGUGUGGGUCGUACAGCUAGAGCUGGCAGAGGAGGAUUGGCUGUUAGUUUCAUUACCCAGAAUGACAUAAAUCUCAUUCAUGAAAUAGAAGCUGUCUUGGGAAAAGAACUGGAAAAAUAUGAAUGCAAUGAGAAUGAGGUGCUUUCUGAUAUUACAAAGGUUUACAAAGCAAAGAGAGUGGCAACAAUGAAGAUGGUGGAUGAUGGCUUUGAGGAGAAAGCAAAAGAAAGGAAGAAACAGAAAUUGAAAACGCUGGCAGAGAAAGGUUUGACAACGAAAAAAGACAAGAAGAGAAGAAGAGAAAAAUCUGCUGUGUAGUUGGCAUUUGGUGCUCUCUCACACACAGAUGUCCGUUCCCCUGUCCAUAGUCACAUCUUGAUAAGCUGCAUUUCCUCCAGCAGCUUGAAUGGGUUGCAAGUAAAGUCAUAAGUAUUUAUAUACCCUAGAGCAUAUUAGUAUUGAGAAGUUUGAAAUUUGAAACAUACAGUUUAAAUUAGUUUUUACUUUUGUUCUUCUUUUGGCCUGUGAGAAUUGUAGGCCAUAGAGAGAGGGUGAUAUUGAUUUCCUGGAAAUUUUGUUGCCUAUCCUGGAAAUCUGCAGAAGUCAAUUAUAGUAAUGCAUAGAUUUUUUGGAUGAUUACAUUCAUUUUUCAAGUCUUGCUCUGAUUUUUGAGAUAUGCAUUGUGCUGGAGAUGACUACAGUUGGGAUUGAACUCUUAAUUAUCUUCAUUGA